AUGCCCCUUUACGACUCUCCCGGGGGCACUCCCCCAUCUGCGCCCAAGCACCUACACCACCACCACCACCACCACCACCGCCACUCUCCACACCGGCGCUCCCAGUCCCCCAUCCCCCGCAUCACCACCCUCCUCCCCAGCAGCCAUCUCGCCCACCAGUACACGCCUUCGACCCGCGCAGCAGACAUCUCCCGCCUCCUCGACCCCGCCUACGCCAGCUCCGCCUCCUCGGGCUCCUCGUCCAGCGCGAGCCCCUCCCACGCGACCCACCACCAGACCCGCGCCUACGUCGACCACCACGGCGACCUCCACGACCCCGACUACCGCGACUUCCCCGUCCUCCACCCCUCGCGCAACGAUCGCCGGCGUCCGAGCAGCGGCACCGCCCGCUCUCGCAGCACUAGCCGCGGCCGCUACUCCUCCUACUCCAUCACCGCUGCCGCCGCGCGCCCCAACUGGGAGCGCGACUGGUCCACCGAGUUCGAGGCCGACGAGGAAGAGGCGGUGCUCGAGGACGCCGAGUCCCAGUCGCACUUCUCCCCCUUCGCGACCCCCCCGCGCCGCCGCGCCAGCGGGCACGCGUCGCCGUCGUACGCGUACACGCCCUACGCCGCCACACCCGCGUACUCGCACUAUUUCGCCGAGUCUGCGGCGCCGGUGCCCAUGUCCGUGUCGCCCGCCGGGUCGCUCGAGGAGAACGCGUCGUUGCCCAUGCGCGGGUCCGUACUCGAGGACGAGAUCGAGGAGGAGGGGGGCAAGAAGCGGCGGCGGCGCAGCAUCUCGCUGAACCGCAAUACCUCGAAGAAGAUGAGGCGCAGCGCUGCCGCGGCUGAACCACCACUCGAGGCGGGCUCCGAGAAGAGCGCGCCGAACCCUAAUAGCAGCAGGCUCGCUCUAGAUGGCGUGGACGUCGAGUUCGUCCCGACGUGCACAUAUACGCUCCGCCAGCAGUGGGCCGCGGUCAUACUGCGCGUCCGCUUCGGGCUCUUCCACGCGCAGCAGCGGUUUGCGCGGCGGCGGGCACGGCGGCGCACGUAG